AGUCAGCCUUGGAACUUCUGUUCACUCAACAUGAGCCUCUCUGCUAAAGACAAAGACACCGUGAAGGCCCUCUGGGCUAAGAUCUCACCAAAAGGUGCUGAAAUUGGCAAUGAGGCAUUGUCCAGACUGUUCGUGGUUUAUCCUCAGACCAAGACCUACUUCAGUCACUGGAGCGACCUGUCACCCGGCUCUGCUCCUGUGAGGAACCAUGGAAAGAAAGUCAUUGGAGGGCUUGGCCUGGCUGUUGAAAAAAUAGACGAUCUUUUCGGCGGACUGCUCACCCUCAGCGAGCUGCAUGCCUUUCAACUGAGAGUUGAUCCUGCUAACUUCAAGAUCCUGUCCCACUGUAUUCUUGUUGUGAUUGCCAUGCUCUUCCCUCAAGACUUCACACCCGAAGCACACAUGGCCAUGGACAAGUUUCUCACAAGAGUGGCACUGGCUCUGUCUGACAAAUAUCGUUAACCAGUUUGACUGUUGUUUGACAACUUGAGAACAGGCUUGAAUGAUGUUAAUUUGGUUAAAAACAUGGCCUAAAUAAAUGAUUAAAAAUAUGGAAACUUUCAUAAAUGUGCUUUUCUUUAGCAUAUCCGAUAUAAGACACUCUUGAUUAAUAUAAUGUUACUUUGAUUAUUAAUUGCUAAUUCUAACACCAUGGACCAUUUCUUUAAGAAUUCUCAAAAUGAUCAUUUAGCGAUGCAAACUCAGAUCAAACAGACUGUAUUCUGCAGACAGAAUAUCCAAAAAUGAAGUUGUCUGCUUCUUAGAAUGCUCAAACAUAAUAGCUUCUAGAUUUAUUUAUUUUAUUUUACCAUAUAUAUAUAUAAAAUGUAGACGAUAAAAGAGUUGGGGACGCAUUUAUGAUAAACAGGUUAAAUUACCUUAAAUUUAAUUACAAAGUAAGUAAUUCAUAAAAUGUAUUAUGAUUCAUGUAUUUACUAAUAAAAAGUCCUUUAUUAAUCAAUUAUGUCAACUAAACCCUCACAAGAGGAGGCACAACCACUGAUCUACAAUCUGUCUUUGCACGUGCGGACAACUUUAUUUACGUCUUUAUAUGACGUCUAUUGGUGCAAUGCAUUAAACUGCUUCUGGUAGUUCCUUAUAAUUUUUCUUUUCUUUUCAUAGGAGAGAUUGUCUAUAUAGCAGCCACACCACCAUGCCGAGUUCAAUUAACAACAAUGUUAAUAAACAUUUAAAGCAGCACAUUAUUUUC